AUGGCGAUUGGUCUUCAGCCUUCGUUCGUCGCCACCCACAUCAACUCUGCCGUCCCGUCUCUUACGUUACCUCCGCAAGUUUCCACCUUCCCCCUCACAUUUGCGCGCAUUCCACCCGCAAGUGUCGCGCUCACCACUUCCCCAUGCGUCCUCCCCCGCGCGCCCCUCCGCGGGGCACCUUCCCGCGCACGGAUCCGCUCAUCGCCGCGAACAGCGGCGGCACGCGCGGCAGCAGGGGGCGACGAGCCGCUUCCCGCGGGUGGCGACCCGGCGUUGGCAGCAGCGGCGUGGAAGGCGCUGGUAGCGGUGCGCGCGAGCCGGCCUCUGAUUCACUGCAUCACCAACUUCGUAUCCAUGGAUGCCGCUGCUAAUACCCUCCUCGCCGCUGGCGCCGCGCCGGCCAUGGUGCAUUCUCUAGAAGAGGUGGAGGAAUUUGCCAGCCUGGCAUCGGCGCUCUAUGUCAACAUUGGCACCCUGAGCCCCAAUUGGGUGGACUCCAUGAAACGGGCAGCCAAUGUUAUUUCUGCCCGGAAUCGGCCGUGGGUCCUGGACCCUGUGGGUUGCGGUGCCACGACGUACCGAACCAAGACCUCGGCGGAGCUCCUGGCACUGCGACCAACGGUGGUGAGAGGGAACGCAUCUGAAGUGCUUGCUCUGGCAGGCGCCGUCAGCGCAAACACCCGGCACGGUAGCGUCAACAGCACCAGUGGCAGCAGCACGGCAGCUCGCAUCAUAGUGGGGGACAGUGGUGGCAGUGUUGGAGGCAACAGAUUUCACCCCCUGCCUCUCCUUCACCCCCUGCCUCUCCUUCCUCCCCUGCCUCUCCUUCCUCCCCCACCCCACCCUUCUCCUCAGGGAGUAGACAGCACGGUAGCAUCCACCGCAGCAGUGGCGGCAGCACAGCAGCUGGCAGCAGAGUGGAAAACAGUGGUGGCAGUGUCGGGAGCAACGGAUUUCAUCACCGACGGUCGCACCGUGCUGGCGGGGUGCCACUCCUUCCCCUCUCUGUUCGCUUUUUCCUCCCAGUGUCGGGAGCAACAGAACUCGUCCCCUGCUUCUCCUUCCUCUCCCCACCCCCCCACACAUCCUCCCCACCAGGGGGUAGACAGCACAGUAGCAUCAACAGCAGCAGUGGCGGCAGCACAACAACUGGCAUCGCAGGGAGGGACAGUGGUGGCAGUGUCAGGAGCAACGGAUUUCACCACAGACGGCCACACCAUGCUGGCGUGUGGCAACGGGGUGCCUCUCCUGCAAGCCAUCACCGCCACAGGCUGCAGCGUCACUGCUCUCAUCACUGCCUUUGUUGCUGCUGCUGAUGGUCAUGGUCCUGCUUCGGAUGCGGAUCUGUCACCGCCUCUUCUCGCCACGGCCUGUGCUCUCGCUGUUUACGGGUAA